AUGACAUAUUUAUUCGAUAUCCCUGCCUAUUUCAUUCUUUUACGAGAAACUCUUGAGGUCACGAUAAUUCUUGCCGUACUGCUUGGGUUCAUUGAUAUACUUGUCCCAGAAAAGGAUGCAGCAAUAAAAAAAACUUUUAAACGUCAAAUUUGGAUCGGUGCAGCUGCUGGCUUGGCUCUUUCUAUUGUAAUUGGUAGUGUUUUUAUAGCUGUUUUUUAUACUGUUGCAAAAAAUUUAUGGGAAGAAAACGAACCAGCAUGGGGUAUGACCAGAGUUCAGCAAUGGAGAAAAAAAUGGGAAAGAAAACUUGAAAAAGCAACUGAAAGUUACUUGGAAAAGCAUAAAACUGGCAAUAAAUGGGCUUUGAUUUUGUUACCAUUCACUGUUGUAUGUCGUGAAGCUGUUGAAACCUUUGUAUUCAUAGGAGGUAUUGGAUUCAAUAAACCUGCAUCAGGACUACCAAUUCCAGUAAUUCUUGGACUUUUGUCAGGGUUUGUUAUUGGGUGGAUCAUUUACAAAGGAGCUCACAAAGUAUCAAUAAAUAUAUUUUUUACAGCUACUACAGUAUUUCUUCUUUUUGUGGCAGCUGGAAUGUUUUCAACUUCAGUCCAUAAAUUUCAACAAGCAACUGGAUCACAUGAAACAGUGUUAUGGCAUACAACAUGUUGUGAUACAAAUAAUGCAUUCUGGUCAAUUAUGCAAGCAAUAUUUGGAUGGCGUGAAAAAGCAACACUUGGUACAACAAUUGGUUAUUUCAGCUAUUGGGCAUGCGUGAUUGUUGCGGUUACGUCAAUUUUUUAUUUUGGCAAGAAAAGUGACGAAGAAUUGGAGGAGGAUAAGAUCGUAAAGUCUAAAUUUGAG